AUGACAAGCUCAUCUCCUAACAAUCGCGUUUCAUCUCCAGGGUCAUCUAACGAUGACACAGAACAAAAUCAAACUCCACCACCUCUUCAAAUGCCACCAGAAAUCAGAAUUUUCCAGCAACAAAACUGCCCUGAAAACAAUAAUUUAAUGAGCGAACAGAACUAUCAGACUGAGUAUCAAACACCGACGCUAAAUAGCAAGAAAUCAUUUUGCAUUGAUGCAUUGUUAGCAAGAAAUCAUAAUGAUAGUGAGAGUGAUUUAGAGAAUAAAAGAUCUUAUGAUCAGUUUAGAAACAACAAUUACAAGGAUAACAUAAUUUCGAGAGAUUUAAAUGGUAGCCCCGAUGAUCAAAUGUCAAGUGAAAACAUUCGAAGUAGAUCUGAUUCACCAGUGUCAUCGACACGUUCAAGUCCACCAAUAAGUCCUGGCUGUGAAGAACAGAAUCAACUGCCAGAAGGUUUCAUUCAAGAUGAAUCAUUCAAACGUCCAAUUCCACCUGAUAUGCGUCAUCCAGGUUUCCCUCCACAGUUCUACAACAUGUACCAGCCUCAACUUUUAUUGCCCAAUAAUUCAGCUUUUCAUCGACCUGAUGGAAGUGGAAAAUCGAUAAGUAUGCCUGGCUUUGUUCCCCACCUUUCUAAUCUGGAGUUAAUUCGGCAAGCAGGAAUUUUCUACCCUCGAAUAACUGAUCUGACUGAUGCCAGCUUUCGAUCAAAUCCAAAGUGGUGA